ACCAAGUGUAAAACUCGAUUUGCUGAAUGACAUUGAUGAGUUUAAUCCAUGGGAUGACGAUACGUAUCGUGUCAGCUUUAUCAAAUUCAUAUUAUCGGCAAGGCUAUCGGAAUCGGCAUCGUACGGCGACGAGUUUGAAAUAGCGAUGGUGUACGACAAAACCCAAAGAUUGGCCUUCUGGAGAAGUGGCCAACCAAAUUGGGAGAAACCCGAUGUAGACUUGCCUUGGGUGUACGACCUCUGUUUUUUCAAAGGACAAUUUUAUUCAGUCGAUUAUCAAGCCAGAGUCAUGUUAUUCGGGAAUGAGGAACAAUGUUCAGGAACAGAUAAAGUAACAAAGAAACGACCAAGAUUAGUUGCUGACUUGAUGGCUCAAGGUCUUAUACCAAAGCAUCCUAUGAAUAUGUAUACAGUGCCCAUAGAAAACAAACUAGUGUUAAUUGAGAGACAUAUCAAACGUCUUGAUGAAGAUGCGUAUACAUAUUGGACUCAAACUUUUGAUGUGUUUGAAUUAGAUCUUGAUGAUGGAAAAGCCAAACGGGUCGAAAAUAUUGGAAAUCGGGCUAUAUUCGUUGGUCAUGGAUCUACUUUCUUUGUUGAAGCUGAUAGUGAUGAGGUACAAUUACAAACAUCAAAUAAACGUGGUUGUAAGUCUAAUUGUAUUUAUUUUACCGAUGACUGGUAUGAGACUUAUUUUGGUCACAAAAAGGGAGGAGGAGGUGAUAUGGGAAUUUAUAGUUUGACAAAAAAAAAAGUCAUUGAUACAUUUUAUCAAGGUCCAUCACAAUUUGAUUUUGUAAAUCCACCCAUAUGGGUAGAGCUCCCUCGUAAACCCUAGUUAGAGAUUUGUUUUUAUUAUGGAUAGUAGUUUGAUCAAUGUAAUUGUUCACAUUUUAUUUAUUCAAAUUGUCAUUUUAUUUUAACAUAAAAAUAAGUUAGGGAUUUUAUUGUGCUUUCUUCAUUAAUGGACGACUGUUGCAAUGUAACAAUCAGUUUUUAUUUA